AAUGAGCCGGUGCUUUUAAGCGCUGUUACCUACUGGGCCCAAGUAGGCGGUAGAAGAGGGAAAAUAAAGCCAUUUGUUCCCUCUUCAAGCUAACUGCUCCAGAGAGCUGUGAGUGUGCUCUAUUACCGUUGGGAAAGGCGAAAUUGCGGAGGCCUGAGUCUUUUCAAAAUUGAACGGGAAGCGUUUUUAAACUGCCGCAGGGAGAGGCGUUUGCGAGGUGACAGCUGAUGACCCCUGAGGCUUUUAAGUCCUCCUCCCCUCUCUCGGUCCGCUCUCGGUCCUUAAUCGCCUCUGGACUCUGGGCUCUAGUCCCCUCCCCAGAUUCACCCAUCUGACACCCGCCUCCUGCCCAAUCCCCCGGCUCGUCUCCAGGGCUCCCGCGCUCCGCCCAUCCCCCUCUGGAUGCUUCCUCUCUCUCUCUUCUUUCCCUCCCGCCAGCCACUCCUCGCGCCUUUCCCUCCCCACUUCCCUUCUUUCCCCUCACCCUCCAGCCCAGCCCACCCUGCUUUCUCCCUCUUUCUCUUUCCCGUAGAACCGUGCUCGCGCUGCAACACCUACUCCUCCCUCGGCUCUGGGAGUCGCCAGGCCAGAGGCGCCGCGGACCUGGUGCGCGCAGGCGCACUGCGCGGCUGGCGAACGGGCAGGCCGGGCAUCAGCGCAGGCGCGCGCGGCUGGGGCUCGGCUCCGGGGCUGGCGGUCGGACAGUCUCUGGCACGCUCAGUCCGGGCUUGGGGCCCCGCGGCGGAGAAGGAGGUGGAGGGGGCGGCGGCGGCGGUGGUGGCGGCACCAUGUUUUUUCACUCAGUCAAUCUCUGGAACCUGGCGUUUUAUGUCUUCAUGGUCUUUCUGGCAACCCUGGGGCUGUGGGAUGUCUUCUUCGGCUUCGAGGAGAAUAAGUGCAGUAUGAGCUACAUGUUUGAGUACCCGGAGUAUCAGAAAAUAGAACUUCCAAAGAAACUGGCAAAACGCUAUCCCGCAUAUGAGUUGUAUCUUUAUGGAGAGGGAUCCUAUGCUGAAGAACACAAAAUUCUCCCUUUGACGGGUAUUCCAGUUCUCUUUCUUCCUGGUAAUGCUGGAAGUUAUAAGCAAGUUCGUUCUAUUGGCUCCAUUGCACUUAGAAAAGCAGAGGACAUUGACUUCAAGUACCACUUUGACUUCUUUAGUGUGAACUUCAAUGAAGAACUGGUGGCUUUGUAUGGUGGAAGUCUUCAGAAGCAGACCAAGUUUGUACAUGAAUGUAUUAAAACAAUUCUCAAACUCUAUAAGGGUCAAGAAUUUGCUCCAAAAAGUGUGGCAAUAAUUGGUCAUUCUAUGGGUGGCCUUGUUGCAAGAGCAUUGCUUACACUGAAAAAUUUUAAGCAUGAUCUGAUAAAUCUUCUUAUUACACAAGCCACACCUCAUGUUGCUCCUGUGAUGCCAUUAGAUCGUUUCAUUACAGAUUUUUAUACGACUGUAAACAACUAUUGGAUUCUAAAUGCUCGACACAUAAAUUUAACCACACUUUCUGUAGCUGGAGGAUUCCGGGAUUACCAAGUUCGUUCAGGAUUGACUUUUCUACCAAAAUUAAGCCAUCAUACCAGUGCCUUAUCUGUUGUGAGUUCAGCAGUGCCUAAGACCUGGGUCUCAACAGACCACCUCUCCAUUGUGUGGUGUAAACAAUUGCAGUUGACUACAGUUCGAGCAUUCUUUGAUCUUAUUGAUGCUGAUACUAAACAAAUAACUCAAAAUUCCAAGAAGAAACUGUCAGUUUUGAAUCACCACUUUAUAAGACACCCAUCAAAACAUUUUGAGGAAAAUCCAGCUAUAAUUUCUGACUUAACAGGGACAUCUAUGUGGGUUCCAGUAAAAGUGUCCAAAUGGACCUAUGUAGCUUACAAUGAAUCUGAGAAGAUAUAUUUUACAUUUCCUCUUGAAAAUCAUAGAAAAAUCUACACUCAUGUCUAUUGUCAGAGCACUAUGCUGGAUACAAAUAGUUGGAUUUUUGCUUGCAUAAACAGCACUUCUAUGUGCCUGCAAGGGGUUGAUUUAUCAUGGAAAGCUGAACUGCUGCCAACAAUUAAGUAUCUGACCUUAAGACUUCAAGACUAUCCAUCUUUGUCUCACCUUGUUGUUUAUGUACCAUCUGUUCAUGGAAGUAAGUUUGUUGUAGAUUGUGAAUUCUUUAAAAAAGAGAAAAGAUACGUACAGCUUCCUGUAACUCAUCUUUUUUCCUUUGGAUUGUCUUCAAGGAAAGUGGUGUUAAAUACAAAUGGCCUAUACUACAAUCUAGAGCUUCUGAACUUUGGACAGAUAUACCAAGCUUUUAAAAUCAACGUGGUAAGCAAGUGCUCAGCAGUCAAAGAAGAAAUAACCAAUAUCUAUAGACUUCAUAUUCCUUGGUCUUAUGAAGAUUCACUAACCAUUGCACAGGCUCCAUCUUCCACAGAAAUUUCUCUGAAACUCCAUAUUGCUCAACCAGAAAACGAUACCCAUGUGGCAUUAUUUAAAAUGUACACGUCAUCAGACUGUCGGUACGAGGUGACAGUUAAGACUUCCUUUUCACAAAUACUUGGACAGGUAGUUAGAUUUCAUGGUGGAGCUCUUCCUGCUUAUGUCGUAUCUAAUAUCCUUCUUGCUUAUAGAGGACAGUUAUAUUCUCUUUUCUCAACAGGUUGUUGCUUAGAAUAUGCUGCCAUGUUGGAUAAAGAAGCCAAACCAUACAAAGUUGAUCCUUUUGUAAUUAUCAUUAAGUUUCUGUUGGGGUAUAAAUGGUUUAAAGAAUUGUGGGAUGUAUUAUUGUUACCAGAAUUAGAUGCCGUCAUUUUAACUAGUCAGAGUAUGUGUUUCCCCCUGAUAUCCUUGAUUCUCUUUCUGUUUGGAACGUGUACUGCCUACUGGAGUGGCUUACUGUCUUCUGCAUCUGUGAGACUUCUUUCUUCAUUGUGGCUAGCUUUGAAAAGACCCUCUGAACUUCCUAAAGAUAUCAAGAUGAUAUCACCAGACUUGCCCUUUUUGACAAUUGUCUUGAUCAUAGUUAGUUGGACAACUUGUGGAGCACUAGCCAUACUUCUUUCUUAUCUUUACUAUGUGUUUAAGGUUGUUCAUCUGCAAGCCAGCUUAACAACUUUUAAGAAUAGCCAGCCUGUGAAUCCCAAACACUCUAGAAGAAGUGAAAAGAAAUCCAAUCAUCAUAAAGACUCCUCAAUACACCAUCUUCGUUUAUCUGCUAACGAUGCUGAAGAUAGCCUUCGCAUGCACAGUACUGUGAUUAACUUACUAACAUGGAUUGUAUUACUCAGCAUGCCUUCUCUAAUUUAUUGGCUAAAGAAUCUUAGGUAUUAUUUUAAACUUAAUCCUGAUCCAUGUAAACCUUUGGCAUUUAUCCUUAUUCCGACUAUGGCAAUUCUUGGAAAUACUUACACUGUUUCAAUAAAAUCAAGUAAAUUGUUGAAGACUACUUCACAAUUUCCACUUCCUCUGGCUGUUGGUGUGAUUGCUUUUGGGGUCUUCAUUGAGUCUUGAUGCACUUUAAACCCAGCUGGCUACCAGAGAUGCGAAGGUAGGCUCUUUGAAGAUUAGCAAAAUGGAAGUUUCUGUCACUUGAGAAAAGGAAAGUUCUUUGCCUUUAAAUUACACAGUUUUCAUCAUGCCCACAAUCUAUAUUAUUGGCUGGUUAAACAGCACUGCCCUAUUAGCAAUGUUAACAAAAAUGAAAUUAUUUAUUGGCAGUUAUAGAUUAUCUAAUUCAGGAAAUUUCUGAGCUCAACUUUUACAGCAACUGUUACGCCUUCUAAUUUAGCAAUUGAGUUAUGAGUAAGUUUUGUGCUUAACUCCUAGACCCUAUUGUUGAUAACCAGAUCAAAUAUAGUCUGUACAGAGGAAAACACUGGGUACAUUUAGUAUUUCUAAAGCCUCCUUUGGAGUUACUACUGAUUGUAAUUUGGAACUGAUAAUAGGUAGAGAUUGCUAACACUGUUUUUUUUCCUGGAUCUUUUUUAUGCCAGAAAUUAAACAGGUUCUGCUAACUCUUUUUUUUUUCUUGGUUAUCACCAGAAUGAAAAUAUUUAAAGUGGUGACUCUAGAAAAGCCAUCUGUGCCUGGUUAACAUUGAUUUUGAGUCUCUUCAAUAUAUAUUGAUCAUGUAUUGAUUAAUCUUUAUUUUUUCAUAUUUUGGCUAGACAAAUUCAGAUCUAUAUAAUGGAAUACCCCUUCUUGAGUGAACUAUACUACUAAUCUACAUGAUUAUAUAGUAAGGAAAAAAGAAGAAAUAACUGUAAUAGGCAUAGUGUUUGUUGUUGGUUGUCUUAUCAUUCAUGUGAUACUACUCAUUUCCACAAUACACACAAACUUACAUGAGGUGGAUUAUUUGUUUUGUUCAUUAUUUAGUUCCUAUAUGUUUUUUCUUUAGAAACAGUCUCAUUCUGUCACCCAGGCUGGAGUCCAAUGGGGUGGUCAUAGUUCACUGCAGCCUUGAACCCUUUGGCUCAUGUGAUCCUCCCAUCUCAGCCUCCCAGAGCAGGUGAGACUACAGGUACAUGCCACUGUGCCUGACUUUUUAAUAUUUUUGUAGAGACGAGGUUUCAGUUUGUUGCCCAAGCUGAUUUUGAACUCCUGGUUUCAAGCGAUCCUCCCACCUCGGCCUCCCAAAGUAGUGGGAUUUCAGGCAUGACCACCUGGCCUAGUUCCUAUACUUUUCUUAAUUCUUCAGACUUCUCACAUCUAGUAUAUUGCAUUCAUUUCAUCUUGCUGUUUAUUAGCACCCUUUGUGGCCAAGGGAAAUAAAAGGUGGUAAAAUUCAGUUUUCAGUUUAGUUCUUGAAAGCUCUGGGAAAUGGAGGAAACACAAAACUAUGAAUUAAACUAGGGCUGUUGAUUUCUGAACCCCCAGAUAAAUCAGUUGACCCACAUUUUCAUUUUAGGUGUUAAGUCCAAAUUAGCAUAAUGUCUUGCAUUAUUAUUAGGUUCAGUGUGAAACUUUACAGUGCUGCAUUUGAAGUUUAGUAACUGGUUAUUAUUAAUCAUUUGGGAAGAAUGAAAAUGUGUUGGGACUUUCUAUGACUAGGCAUUUGUUGAUUAUUUUUCAUGAUUGCUUUUUGUUUUCUCAUUGUGUAGGAUUUGUGAAUUUGUGUAUUACAGGAAACAAGAUACUUUGUAAAAUUUACUGGGGAAAAUCCAUUUGGAGUGCAUGACAUUUGCCAGGAUAAGAAAGCAGUAAUAUGUUUGUAUUAUAAAAUUACACCCUGCCAGAAAACUUUCUUUCCUAGUAAGGUAAAUGUAGAAGGGACUUUUACAGCAUAGUAAGUUGAUUAGGAGCCAAAAUUUUAUUCCAGUUUUUUUUGAACUAAGAAUGUUUUAAAUUCUGUAAUGAACUUUUAUGUUUACCCAUUACUCAUGCAUUCUUUCACAAUAUGUUUAAUAGCCUGAGGAAAUAGGAAAGCUGUGAAGCUACUCCCAUUCUUUACUUUAAAUAAGAAUAAUAGGAAAGAAAAGUCAGGUCAGUAAUCCAAAUCCAAAUAUGUAUACUGCAAAUGCUCAAGAAGUCACAUUUUUUGAUAAAUUGUAUUGAGUACAGAAGAACUUAUAUGAAUUUAUUAUCUGUUAAUAACUUAGUUUUGACAACAGAAUAACAUUUGGAAAUUGUGAGAAUAAUCAAGCUGUUUUUCCAUUAACAGUGUAAAUUCAUAACAUGUCCUUCAAAAGGUGAUAUUCUAAGCUGUCUUUAAUUGUCUACGGUUGAUAACUUUUAAAUAAAGUACAGUACUUUCUGAAAGUGUUUGGCAUGUUAUGCUGCCAAAAACAAUCUGUGUUUUGAAAUACCAAUUAGUUAAUUUCUGAAGACUUUGUAUAGGACUUGAUAUAUGAGUCAGAAUCUGUCUGUACUCAUUCUGUACAUUGUAACUUUGAACACUUAUGAAAAACUGUAUCUGUUGGUGUGUUUUGAUUAGUUAGUGUAGAUUUGUUUGCGUAUUUGAAUUCCGAUUUUAGUUUAGGAAGUCUAAAAGUAGCCAUUUUUGUAAAGUUCAUAUGCUAUUUUUUAAUGUCAUUUUUGUUUUUAAUAUUUAUACAAUAGUGAUGUUACUAGUAAAAAAUGUUUAUAGAUAACACGUAGAGCUAUUAACUGUUCAAAAGCCUACAUGAUAGGCAUAUUUUGUAUUUCGUGUUGCACUCGUUCUGUUUCAUAUUGGACUUUUUACAUCCCUUUUUUAGCAAAAAAAAAGAGACACAUUUUAAUUCUCUUUAGCAUAAAGCUGUGCAUUGGAAACUAUGUGACUGUAUCCAUAUGGUUAGCAAAAUACUCUUUGCCACCAAAGGUAAAUGAAACUGUAAAAUACCUCUGGAUAUUUGUGCCAAUGAACUUUUCUUAGCAUAUUAGGAUUAAAGCAAAAAUAAUCUUUUCAGUAUGUUUCAUCUAGGACUUACAAUAAAUGUUUAAACCAUGAAAACUUA